AUAAAUUAUAAGGAUGAUAUAUCUUUGUUUUCAAUUUUCUGUACCUUGAAGCUUGGCAAGAAGUGAAAGGAUAUAGUAUUACAAUAGAAUUGUAUAAGUGAAGCAAACACAUCCGAGAUAUGGAAUCCGGUUUUAAUGGAGAUGAUGCUAGAGAAAAACUUAAAGGAAUUCAAAUAACCUCUCUGGAUGACGAGGACGACAACAAUGACUAUGACAGUGAAGAAGAAGAAGAAGAAGAACAAGAGCCAGUAACACUGGGUUUGUUGGAGACGCCUGAGCACCCGCGGUCUCUUCUUCGUCAAUUUUAUCCAUGCAAAGCUGGUGGCUGUCCGGCAUGGCUUGAUCCAAUUAAUAUGCCAUCUGGCAGGUCCUGUGUCUGUGAUAUAUGUGGAAAUCCUUUGCAAUUUUUGCUUCAGGUCUAUGCACCAAUAUCAGAUAAGGAAUCCACAUUUCAUCGAACACUGUUUGUGUUUAUGUGCCCCAUGAUGUCAUGUCUUCGUAGAGAUCAACAUGAGCAGAGGAAAAAGGGCGAUGAGAAGCCAUCACAAAGUGUGAAGGUGUUCCGUUGUCAAUUGCCUCACCUUAACCCUUUUUACUCUAGUGAGCCGAGAUCCAAUGGAACUGAUGAACCUUCUAAACCCGGAGUUGCACUUUGUGAUUGGUGUGGUACUUUUUUUGAUAAGGGAUAUUAUAUUAAACCACAAGAAGUGAGUAAGCACUAUAACCACCACGAAAUUGGUUGUCAACAACUGAGUCUGUCUCAAAUUCCUGGCUCUAGCUCCAAUAAUGGAAAAACCACUUCAACUGAGAGAAACAAAGUUUAUGGUGCAUUACAUCACAUGUUGAUGGAAGACAUGUUAGUUGACUUACUGAAACCAAUUGAGAGAAGCACGUGUUUGAUGAGAAUGAAUCGAUCUGUUUACACUCGUUUACAGCAUCCUAGGGCUAGGAUUCAUUUAUUGAUUUGGUGUUCUCAUGCACUUGCUAGCAAUGAACUGUGGCCAAAGUAUGAGAUAAGAAUUGAGGAUGAAAAUGAGUUUGAUUCCGAUAUGUCUGAUGAUAAUGAACAUGAUAACCAAUUGGUAUCAAAGAAGAGCUCGGAUGGCGUCAUGGAGUCAUUGUUAGACUGUUUCAAGGCGGAUAGCGAUAAAAAAUGCUGGGCUUCUUUCCUAGUACGAAUAGCCAAAGCCCCAGGACAAGUUUUGAGGUAUUGCAGGAAUGACUCUGCAAGACCCCUGUGGAGUACAUCGAGUGGUCGACCAUCUAAACAAGAUAUUCCUAAGUGCAAUUAUUGUGGCAGCCGAAUGAUUUUCGAAUUUCAGAUCCUACCUCAAUUGCUUUACUACUUUGGAGUAAAGAAUGAGUCUGAUUCUCUUGACUGGGCAAACAUCAUCAUCUACACUUGCAGAGCCUCUUGUGAAUAUGGUAGCAGUAACACGGCCUACAAGCAAGAAUUUGCUUGGGUUCAACUAAUGCAUUAGCUUUUGCUCUAAUGAUUAGCAAAAUUGAUGAGAGGCCCUUGUUUUUCAAAUGCAGGGAUGAUUCAGAUCUCAUUCUCAACAGUUUCGAGAUAUAUUUAUGGGGACAUUGUUGUAGUGAAUCAUCUAUUUCGAUCACAAUUUGCAGUUGAGUGAAAUUUGGUGUGUCAGUUGUUAAUU